GCAUACAUCCUCGCUUUACAAUGAGUGCGUGAAGCUCUCCGUACCCCCUUCUACUAUUCACUGAAGCCCCCGCUGCUAGAAUCCUACCGUAGCGAUAUCGCACCGUCCUUCCACUUGGUCGAAUCAACCCUACACAAGCAGACGCCUCCAACCCCACUUCCGAACUCACGAGAUGAGUUUCCGCAAUGUUAUGAAAGAUGGAUGGCACCCGAAAGGCAAAGAGGGAGGGAAGGAAUCAUGGCGAGGUGAUUUUAAGGGCAUAAAUCAAGUGGCGGGAUGGAUGGGCAAGGGGCGAGAUCCCAACAAGAAAGAUGCGGUCGACCACGUAUCACGUCCGCUAGCCACUCUAAAAGAUCCGACCUCCUUUGGUCCUCCGCCCAAAAACGUGAACUAUCACGGCGGCGCCGCCCUACCGAACGAGAUAACGCCGCAGAGAAGUGGAUGGGGAGCACCCUUGACACCAGAACAAAUUCAGAGCGCAAGCCGAACUACAAACGGUCCAACUGAGGAAGAAAUAGAAGAAGACCAAAGGCCUGCUGGUCCACCGCUGCCGUACAGGGCAGAUCGUACAGGCUUGAGGACUGACCAUCUACCCCCUCCUCCCGUGCAUCGCGAGGUGAACCGAAGUCCCACUGAGAUCGGAAUGCAAGCUGUACAACCACCCAAACCAAAACCCGGUCUACCCCCUAGACUACCAUCUCGACAAAACACUGCCUCGACCCCGACACCACCUCCCGUGGUAGCCUCUCCGCCUCCACAGGCAGCACCCCCAGCCUAUGAGUCGAUUACAAACCACCGGCCAACUCCGCAGCCAAGCUCAGCCAACUACGGCAUCAACCAAGCGGCUGCCAACAGACUAAGCAACGCUGGCAUCUCUGUCCCAGGGUUGGGUAUCGGAUCCCAGACAUCCUCCAACCCGUGGCAGAACGAACAAAGCCAGGUCGGCACCGUGAAGAGCCCCUCCCCACAACCUCAACCUCAACCCCAACCCGCAUCAGACCAGCUUUCCGAGCUUCAAUCCCGCUUCGCCCGGAUGAACAGCAACACAAGUGUCAACACCAGCUCCCAAACCACGACACCGCCCCAUAGCACGCCCGCCCAGUCCACUCCACCUCCGCAGCCCGCUGGAACAACGUGGGCCGAGAAGCAAGCCGCUUUCCGCACUGCGCAAACCAUGCACGCCAACCCCUCCUCCGUGACGCCCGCGGACGCUGCAGCCGCCGCCCGCACCGCCAACUCCUUCCGCGAGCGGCAUCAGGACACGAUAUCAACCGCCGGCCAGAAGGCCAAUCAAUGGAACAAGAAGUACAAUGUGGCCGGUCGAUUGAACUCCUUUUUAGAAAAGCACUCCUCGCCCACUACCGAAACGCCGCCGCCGUUGAACAACGCCACGGCUACACCACCGCCACCAGCGACAAGCCCCGAGUUGGUCGCGUCGAUAUCACGCAAACCGCCACCUCCACCUCCGCCGAAAAAGCCCGCUGGCAUGCACGGGAAUGCCAAUUCUCUAGGUAGUGGUAGCGGCGGAGUGGCCUCGCCGCCUCCGGUGCCGUUGGGGACAAAGCCUAGUUAUACCUAGACACUGGUGUGGUAGACAUGAAGUCGAAAUGGCCUUAUAUGUUGUUGAUAGCUGUGUAAUUUUCGUGUAUAUUCGUGCAGUGCUAGAGCGGAAUGGACGGAGUUAUACGGAACUUGACUCCCUCAUUCUAAAUUAUUAUACAUUAUGUCGUAGCAA